AGACACCCCUCCCCUCUGCGCGCAAACAGCCUCCGUGUGGUUCCUUACCGGAAAGCCAAGGGGUUGAGUCUUCCAGAGAAGAAACCCCCGCUGGCAUCUUAUCCACUGUUGCAUGGGGGUGAAGAGGAAAUGCACUUCCCAGUCCUCGCAGACCAGAGGACACAUCGCUGACAAGCGCGAGCCUUUGGAUGCUUGCGGCGAUGGAGAGCGCGGACUUUACGCACGGACCUCUCUCCGGUAGCGAGACGCCGGCUCAGCAGUCACAAGCGGCCACUGUCAAGACAUCGAUCGCUUUGCCUAUUUUCAUGUUUGCCGGAGGCGCCAUUGGGAAUUUAAUCGCAAUAAUCGUCCUGUCAGUGUCGAGACAGGAGAAGAAGUCCUCCGCCUUCUACACGCUGCUGUGCGGUCUGGCGGUGACGGACCUGCUGGGCACCUGCCUGGCCAGCCCGCUCACCAUCGCCAACUACCUGGACAAGCAUGUGUUUGAGCACCAGCACGUCUGCGAGUUUCACUCCUUCCUGCUGCUGUUCUUCAGUUUGACAGGACUCAGCAUCAUCUGCGCCAUGGCGGCGGAGCGGUACCUGGCCAUCUGUUGCCCCUACACCUACCAGCGCUGGGGGGUGGACAGACGCUUUGCGCAGAGGUUCCUCUUCUUCAUCUACAUCAGUCACAUCUUCUUCUGCUGCCUCCCGAUGAUGGGCCUGGCGCGGAGCAGGCUGCAGUCCUCCACCACCUGGUGCUUCAUCAACUGGAGGACGGGCGAACCGGUGGCCUACUCCAUCCUGUACGGCGUGGUGAGCCUGCUGCUCAUCCUGGGCACCAUCGUGCUGAACCUGGCGGUGUGCGGGUCGCUGCUGCUGAUGCGCCAGAGGACCGUGCAGCGGUUCGUCUCCAGAGCCAGCAUCCGGCAGAGGUGGAAGGCUCUGUCUUCGGCCGCAGAGACGCAGAUGAUGGCGGUGCUGGUGAUGACCUCUGCGGUGGUUCUGGCCUGUUCAGUUCCGCUAGUGGUCCGUGUGUUCGCAAACCACUUCAUGCUGAAAGAAGACCCUGAAGCUGACCUGGCGGCCAUCAGGAUCGCAUCUGUCAACCCCAUCCUGGACCCCUGGAUCUACAUCCUCCUCAGACGGUCUCUGUUGCGACGGUUGCUCACGUUAUCCAGACGAGGCAGCAGCCCUCGCAACAGCGCCUCUCCGCCGCCACAGAGGAAUCCUUUUUAUCCUGAUAUCAUGAGGGACAGCCACGUGUUCACCCAGCUGAUGUGCAGCACAAGCAUCAUCACUCAGCUCCCCGCUACUGUCAAGUUCACUCCGUACGACACGGAGAGCCUCCAACAGACUUCAAACACGGCAGACUGAGGACUCGUCCAACAUCUGUGAAUGUUUGCUGCUCAAUGCGGCGACUCGGGUUCAGAGCUGUCACGUGUGAGAUGGAAACACAGUGACAACUUUGUGGCUCACAGCUGGACGAGGCCCCUCAGAGCUCCUGUUGGAUUAUUUAUUCGACAGAAACAGAGGCCGGCGCUGACUUCAUCUCUGUAGACUCCUGCAGAGACUCGGGACUGAUGAGAAAAACUCGGCUGUUAGUGCAUCAACAAGACAAGACUGAGCCUUUAUUUUCUAACUUUGACUUCUCAUCCAUUCUCUCCUCGUUCUACAGCUGCAGGUAGAUGGACAGCUCAUCUCUGGGGCCAGUUCUCAUGUGGCCUGUGACUCUUUGAAGGUCAAGAGUUAAAGGACACGUGUUCACACAUCAGUGCACGAGCAUGGUAAGAGUCUGUGUUGACCAGACACUGAGUGAGACCCAUCACAGGUGUUUUUAUGAGACGUGAAACUCCUCAGGACAAACACUGAUAUGAGCUGAGUAAAGACUUGACUGUUUGAU